GCUUCCCUGUAAGUAUCGCUGCAUCUCCGCCUAGCGCCUAUAUGUAACACUACAUUGCGCGCAGCCAGCGCCAUUACUUAGUAGCUAGGUGAUAAAGAGAGUUGGAACCGUGUCGCGCUGAGCCUCUCCUUUCUGCAUUCUUCUUGGAAAGCAGUGCAUUGCUGUUAGACCUUCGUUCUUGUCCAUUCCAAGCCUUUGAGCGUUGUUGGAGCUGUCUGCUGACUUCGACUCUCACACAUCACUAUGGAUCCGAAGACGAAGCAUAAUUUUCGUCCCGAGGUGGACCGUUUGGAUAAGAAGAUGUCGGCGAUGGCGGUGGAUGACAAGGAGUCAUACGACAGCUGCAUCAGUACAAUGUCGUCUAUUGACCAAGAUUCCAAUAGUUACUGCUUGUCUGGAGCAUCUUACCAGUCAAGCUUCCCUGGCGAACAAACUCGCCUUCGUCACAAGGGUGAGAUCUCGGAAACGAACGAGAGUUUAGGGUAUGGCAGUAUGGUCGCUAGUCUUGAGGAGCCGCAGUCAGCGACGGCACAAGCGCCAGAGACUCCAGCGCCAGCGACAGUCGAGCAACCCAGGAAAGAGCCAUCGAUUACACUACCCGUCAACAACCUCUUCUCUAGCGUGCUUCGCCAAGCCCUUAGCGACCCUAGCGCACUGAAACCCCAUGACCUUGGCGAUCCUAUUAGCGAGCAGGAUGGAGCCGACGCAGCGCCGCAAGAGGACGAGCAGCGAAGUGUUUCGACUGAGCCAUACCAGGACAACACACAUGUUCAUAACUAUGCGUGCUCCGGAGAGAAUGAAUACUUGCUCGCCCCGUUCCGUGCAGUUCUGGCGGAGCAAAACGAAGACGGAGACUCGUCGCUGCAUUUGGGAAUCAUCCAUGGUCAAAUCCCUGUCGUUGAGCAGAUAGCGGCCGUGUGGCAUGGCGUACCGGAAUACUUGAAUGUUCAGAACAAUCUAGGCCAGACUGGCAUGCACUUGGCAAUCGUGACUGGACAACCUCGCAUUGUGGAGCGACUGCUCUGGGCUGGUGCUGAUCCGUGUAGGAGGGACCGCCACGGCGACACAUGCCUCCAUCUGGCCGCCAAAUAUGCCGACAAAACCAGCGCCAACCUCAUUCUGUCUGUGUGCCAACGCCACAACAUCCGCAGAGCGACACUGGAAGCUAGAAACUAUCAUGGAUUCACUGCGACACACAUCUGUGUACAGCGCAACCAUCGUGACAUGCUGGGUUUCCUGGUUGCUACCUGGGGAGCUGAUGUAGAUGCAGAGGACUACACGGCAGGGAGAUCACCACUGCAUCUAGCCGUGGAGGAGGAGCACAUCAGCAUUGCAAGCACACUGCUCUUCACCCUCAAAGCGAAUGUCGACGCGCAGAUGUACGGCGGACAGACCCCGCUGCAUAUAGCCGCGGGCCGCGCGAACCAGGGCAUGGUGGCAUUGCUAGUCGCUGCUGGUGCCCGCACUGAUAUUGCAGACGGUGAAGGCGAGCAGCCCGCGGAUCUGACCUACAACACGCAGAUCCUGCGCCUUUGCAAUGCAUAACGCUCGUCACGACCCCGAACAAUGUCUCUGAACCGCCUUGCCUUCACCAGGCAUCGUGAUAGUAUGCCCUGAAAAAAGCCCACACAGAAGCCUAUGCCGAGCAUGGCACCCAGAACCGACGUAGACCAUCAAAGUAUUUUCCGUCCGAGUUGUUGUUGUUGUUGUGUUGUUUAAAAGCUAGAACAGCAUUUGCUUGUUCCUACCUGUUGUCGCUGCUGUUGUGCACACUUGAGAUUUGUCUAACAUUUUACCAUGGAUAUUUAGAGGGAUAUUCUUUCGUAUCCUGCACGCUGGGUGGAUACACAUUAUUCGACUUGAUUCUUUCAGUUAUCUUCUAAUCGCAGCCUCCCCGCAUUGGACUUGAGCUCACCCCACUCACUUUUCUAACAAAAAAAAGCUUGCAUAGCUAGCUGCUUUGCGCUGAAUCGUACAACUUGUGAAGUACUUGAGAAUUAUAAUUAUAUUAUUCGAUUCAUCUUGCAAAUGGAAUGAAACUGUUCCUCCCGCAGA